CUCCGUUUCAAAAUUGUUGUUUUGUUGUCUGCUAACCCAACCAGACGCUUAAUUUGAAUUCUGAUUAUAACUCAGUGAACCAUGAUCCAACAUGGCUUAUUGGACAACUGUUCAGGCUGUAUACUCAUGGGCGCAAAAGCUUACUUUAUGGAGCAAACAGACACUGACGCGUUUCAUUUACUGCAUACCCGGGCUGGUAAAAAUCAAGAUCUACAAGUUGAUGGUACCAGGAAGCGAUGCAAAAGUAUCGCAUCGUAUCGCGCAAGUACUGCACCAAAGCCCCAAUUUCCUUGUGAUUGACAAACCAUAUGAUGUUUUGAUCAAUUCAAAUGAUCCCACAGAAAAGCUGACAGUGGAACAUCAACUUCGAAAACUCUUCCCCAAUUUAGCAAAUGAUAAAUUGACCCAUGGAUUCCAUUUUGUACACCGUUUAGACUAUUCUACCAGUGGUGUCUUGUGUAUAGCUUGUAACAAGAAGGCAGCUAAUCUAGGAGGUGAUGCUUUUUCUGCCAGGAAGACAAAAAAAUAUUAUAUUGCUUUGCUUCGUGGGCAUGUCUCUCAUGAGCUCAUUGAUAUCUCAAUUCCUAUAGGUGUUGAUAAAAGACCAGGAUAUUCUCACAAAAUGUGCAGUGUGGACAAAUCCUACUGUCAAUAUCCUAAGACAGCUUUUACACGCCUACUAGUUCUCCAGAAAGGCUUUUAUCAUGGAUUUCCGGCGACAAAAGUCCUACUCAAGGCAGUGACUGGGAGAAGACACCAAUUGAGGGUUCAUUGCUCAUUACUUGGGCAUACCAUCAUUGGGGAUUUCACCUACAGUAAUGGAAAAGAUGUGCUACCGUACAGAAUGUUUCUUCAUUCACAUCGGCUAAUAUUGCCCACUGCUCUUGAAACUAUCGACGUUUGCGCUAACGAUCCAUUUGAUAUAAAGCAUACAAAUGGCCAAUGGCUCCCAGUGGUCCAUGCAAACGCCAUUAACCUAGAUACCUAUGAGAAGCUCGAUUGCCAAUUGCCGGACAUAAUCGUGGAUGACUUGAGCAGUAAAACUUAGUCUCCAGCGUUGUAUAUUGGACUUGGAUAUUGGCCUCAUUGUAAUUGCUGACUGGAAGAAACAUGAGAUGCUUGCUCUUAGUUUGGACAAAUUCUGAGACACAUCUCUGUGUUUUUGAAAAAUAAAGAAAAAUGAGAGCUAAAAAA